CUCCUCCUUUCCUUACCAGCAUUCAUCAGUUUCUUCAUCGCCGAACUGCAAAACAUAUCUAACUCUAUAUCCAUGGUUUUGGCGUUUCCUGGCUCGUGAUCGUCCUUUGUGUAUCCUCACAGGCUGUAAUUGUCAUCUUCCUUUGAUAUACUGAAAUACAAUCCAACGGCAUGUUUUGUUCUCUUCUAAAUGGGGUCACGUAAAUUAUGCCUUCUUUGGUAUUUGGGGCUCCAUAGGAUCUCUUCCUUUCUGUUUUAGCUGAAGAUCAAAUCAGAGAAUCCUACCUUUGGAAUUUUCGCUCCAUGAAGUCAAAUUCAUCUGUUUCUGAGUCUCUUCCUGAUGAAGAAGAAGAAGAAGAGAUAUGGGCCCAGGAAGACUUCCCCUUUUCGAAUAACCUUAAGGACUUGCAGAACCUCAGGAUGCAGUUAUACGCAGCAGCGGAAUACUUUGAACUGUCUUAUGCAAAUGAUGACCAAAAACAGAUAAUGAUUGAAACAUUGAAAGAUUAUGCAAUUAAAGCUAUUGUGAAUACAGUGGAUCAUUUGGGUUCAGUAGCAUAUAAGGUCAAUGGUUUUGUAGAUGAGAAGGUUGAUGAAGCUUCUGCAACAGAGCUUCAAGUGAAUUCUAUUGAGCAGAGAUUAAAGACAUGCCAAACACAUUCUGAGCUCGAAGGCCUUCGUCAGCAGUCAUUAGUAAUGAACUCACCCAGAUAUCAUAAAAGAUAUGUGUUGCCAGCACAAUGCACAGAUGAAUUUCUUAUUCCUUGGAAAGCUAUCCCAACCACGGUUAAAAGUCUUCCAUCUUCUUUAGUCAGAAAAGAACGUCCGCCAUCACCUUCACGACGUUCAUAUUCCAAGGAAGGUGAUUUACACAAAGAACCAGAAAAAAAACGAACUGUUUCACCUUGCCGGUUUCCUCUUCCUCGAUCUGGUUCGUUGCCUAAUAGGCCAAGCACAACUAAUCCAAUUCAACCUGCCAACCCAACCCUCUUUCGAGGAACACAACAGAAUUCUACCGAGCUUUGGAAAUCAGCUUCAGUGCAUGUUGAUCAUGGGAAGGAAAGCUUCAAAGAACCAGAACAGCCUCCAAGAAAAAGCAAUAGUCUUAUUCGAGCCUUGCUCAAAAAGCGCAAGCCGAUAAGGAAUGAUGAAAUGCUGUAUACAUAUUUGGACAAAUACUCAUAGUAAAGAGAGUUUUGAUGUCAC